CGCGUUCUAAAAAAAUAAUCAAGAUGAAAUCAUUGAUUUUGUUUUUAAGUGUUUGUAUCUCGAUCAAAUAUUCGACAGCAUGCAACGGUUAUUCCAUUACACUGCAUUCCUAUCAGAAUUGCGUACCAAAUGGUGUGAUUUCAGUGGCUGAUAAGGGCACAGUUACUCUUGAUAAGGACUGCAAUUUGGUCCUGAAUGGAUGCAUGAAUAUGAAGGGAUUCAAAACUGCUCAGGGGAAAUAUACAAUCAAAAAAGCCCCCCUGCCACCCAUAGAAGGCGAAUUUAACAUGUGCGAACUUGGAGCCGAGACUGGUUUGCCAGUUGAAAAAGUUUUGGAAAUCUACGGCAUGCCGAAAAAAUGUCCAAUGCCAGCAAAAAAAAUAUGCGGAGGACCUGGCCAAAAAUUAAAUCUAUCGAAAUACAAAAAUCAACUUGGCAUGGCAGCUGGAAAAACCGACUUAAAAUUGGAAUUAACGCACGAUAAUGGAAAAUCCUGUAUUGAAGCCAGUAUCUCAAUAAGUAAGGCCAAAAAAGGAUAAAAUACUAUCUAAUAAACAUUUUAGAGAUAGUAUUACUAUUAUAUAAUAGAGAUGAAUAAACG